AUGUCCAUCUUCCUGCCACUUCUCACCGAGGAGAACGACGCUCUUUUUCAGGCCCUCAAUCGCAUAGGCCCCGUCGUCGUAUCUUCAAAUUCUUCUGGUCCACUCCCUUCACCCCCAGAUCAUUGCUAUCUCCUUCUCGACUCAGAUGUCCCUCUGGACUUGGAGGCCAUCGCAGCCUGGUUGGACGAGGGCAUAGAGAAGCUCAUAGUCAACCUUUCCAUCGCCCAGGAACUUAUCGGUGUCAUUCCCCCUGAUCGUCUCAUCGUUCUACUCGAUGGGACCAACAUCAGCGCCAUCUCGGACAAAGUUCGAAAAGCCGUUUCUGGCGUGUUGCUGAAAACCCAGAACGUUGAUCUAGAUUUAGUUUCAUCCAUAUCCAAUUUUUUUGCGGGCUCCACUACUUAUAUUCUAUCUACCUCGGAAGAGAUCCCUACACUUUCCAUCCUCCGACAGCUAUCGGCGAUGGGGGCCAUUCUGGUCCUACCCGACACACAGCUUACCUUGGACGCCACAUCUAACACCAAGAUCAACGUUGCCGAUGCUUUCCUUGCACCGUUACAGUCAGAUAGACCCGAUCGCCUCUUCCCGACUAUCGUCUCAAACGAGACAGGACACACUCUUGGUCUGGUUUACUCCUCUCCUGAAUCGGUCAAGGAGAGCAUCAUAACGGGGAAGGGUGUGUAUCAAUCUCGCAAGCAUGGGUUAUGGCGGAAAGGGGAAACUUCUGGCGCAACCCAAAGAGUGGUCCAGAUUCGCGUUGAUUGCGAUUCGGACAGUCUUGAGUUCCGUGUCGUGCAACACGGUCUUGGAUUUUGCCAUCUUAAUCGACAGUCCUGCUUCGGCAAGGCGACUGGGCUUCCCGCACUUGAGAGCGUUCUUCAAUCCCGUUUUGACAGCGCACCAGACGGAUCUUAUACCAAACGCCUUUUUAGCGAUCCUGGGCUGCUACGGUCCAAAAUUAUGGAAGAAGCGGAUGAGCUCUGCAAGGCAGAGUCAAAAGAGGAUGUCUCGUUCGAAGCUGCUGACCUUUUCUACUUUGCGUUAGCCAAGUGCGUCGCGGCAGGAGUGGGCAUCGCAGAUAUUGAACGGUCACUGGAUAAAAAGGCGAAAAAGGUUACUCGGAGACCUGGCAACGCGAAACCUCAAUGGUCAACUAAGAAACAGCAAGACUCUGUUGUAGUAACUUACCCACUCCCCAGCGCGGCACCUGCAUCGGGAACAAUUCGUAUGCGUACCUUCGAUCUCUCGUCUCUGUCCUCACAAGAAUACACACAAUUGCUCCGGAGACCUGUUUUGAAGUCGGAUGAGAUGAUCGGGAAAGUCAAACCGAUCGUCGAGGAAGUUCGUGCUCGAGGAGACGAAGCCCUUCUCGAAUUCACCGCAAAAUUUGACAAAGCUCAACUCACUUCCACCGUUGUCUUCGCCCCGUUCGCACCAGAAACUAUGCAGGUGGAAGCGGAUGUACGAAACGCGAUCGAUACUGCAUACGCGAACAUCCACAAGUUCCACAGUGCUCAGAUGGACACGCCACUAGUCGUAGAGACUAUGCCAGGUGUUACAUGCUCGCGGUUCGCACGUCCCAUUGCUCGAGUCGGGUUAUAUGUUCCUGGAGGUACCGCCAUCCUUCCUUCGACAGCUCUUAUGCUUGGUAUUCCUGCGCAGGUUGCAGGAUGCAAGAACAUCGUCCUUGCGACACCUCCGAGAACUGACGGCAGCAUUUCGCCAGAAGUUGUCUACGUUGCUCACCUGGUCGGCGCGUCAGCUAUUUUGAAAGCUGGCGGAGCUCAAGCUGUGGCCGCCAUGGCAUAUGGAACUGCGACUGCUCCAAAGGUGGACAAAAUAUUUGGUCCUGGAAACCAAUGGGUCACCGCAGCAAAAAUGUUGGUGCAGAAUGACACAGAUGCUCUUGUCUCAAUCGAUAUGCCUGCUGGACCUUCAGAAGUUCUAGUCAUCGCUGACUAUACUGCAAAUCCCGCAUUUGUUGCGGCAGAUCUGCUGUCACAGGCCGAGCAUGGUGUCGACUCUCAAGUUGUUCUGGUAGCUGUGGAUUUACUUCCCGACCAUUUGGCGGCAAUCGAAAGGGAAGUGGACGUGCAAGCGCGCGCUUUAUCCAGAGUGGAUAUUGUUCGCCAGUCGAUCGCGAAGAGCAUCAUCCUGAAGGUUGCCACUGCUGGGGAAGCUAUUGCUUUCUCAAAUGACUAUGCACCUGAACACCUCAUCCUGCAUCUGGACAAUGCAAGCCAAAAAGUCUCCCAGAUUGACAAUGCUGGCAGUGUCUUCGUGGGGCCAUAUACGCCAGAAAGCUGCGGUGACUAUGCCUCGGGCACGAAUCACACCUUACCAACCAAUGGUUAUGCGCGCCAAUUCAGUGGCGUCAACACUAUGUCAUUCCAGAAGCACAUAACCUCUCAAGAGAUUACGGCGGAAGGACUUGGCAACCUCGGCCCAGUGGUUGCAACGUUGGCAGACUGUGAGGGUUUGCAGGCACACGCAAAUGCAGUUCGUAUAAGGCUGCGCGAACAACGCUCAUAA